CGUAUGGGCGGCGUACCGUAGGCGAGGUGCGCGCCAUCUCCCGGGUGACGGCCGCACCACCAGCCAGGGAGUGUUUAUGUCGCCAGUCCCGCCGCUGCUCCCACUACGCCAUGAACCCUUUAGGAAGCGCCCAGAUCUUGUUGCAGGGAGGCACCCCUGGGCAGAGGUUCCUGGGGACCAGCGGCGGCAUCACCAGCGCCGAGCGGGACAAGAUCUACCAGUGGAUCAUUGAGCUCGCCAACCCAGAGACAAGAGAAAAUGCUCUCCUCGAACUCAGCAAGAAGCGUGAGUCCGUCCCUGACUUGGCUCCUCUGCUCUGGAACUCCUUUGGGACCAUCGCCGCACUCCUCCAGGAGAUCAUUAACAUAUACCCAGCCAUCAACCCGGCCACUCUCACUGCCCACCAAAGCAACCGAGUCUGCAAUGCCCUCGCUCUGCUCCAGUGUGUCGCCUCCCACCCGGACACCAGAUCUCAGUUCCUGGCGGCCCACAUCCCCCUGUACCUGUACCCCUUCCUGCAGACCGUCAGUAAGACCCGUCCCUUCGAGUACCUGCGCCUCACCUCCCUGGGCGUCAUCGGUGCCCUCGUUAAGACUGACGAGCAGGAGGUGAUCAACUUCCUGCUGACCACUGAGAUCAUUCCGCUGUGCCUGCGCAUCAUGGAGUCCGGCUCAGAGCUCAGCAAGACCGUGGCCACCUUCAUCCUGCAGAAGAUUCUCCUCGAUGAGACAGGCCUCAACUACAUAUGCCAGACCUACGAGCGGUUCUCCCAUGUGGCGAUGAUCCUCGGCAAGAUGGUGAUCGCCCUCGCCAAGGAGCAAUCGGCUCGUCUGCUCAAACAUGUCAUUCGCUGCUACCUCAGGCUCUCCGACAACCCAAGGGCAAGAGAAGCUCUCCGCCAGUGUCUGCCAGACCAGCUGAAGGACCAGACCUUCGCUGGCUGCCUCAAGGACGACAAGUCCACCAAGCAUUGGCUGCAGCAGCUCCUGGCCAACCUGGAGACCACCUCCGUACCUGACCCUCGCAUUGCUCUUCCCCCCCUGGCAGCUCAGUGAUGUGGUGGCCCAGGGACGCGGAGGGGGUGACGCGACGCUCCCCUCCGCGCCAGUGCCACACCCUUGGCGUUGGUGGUGCCGCGAUCCCAGAUGCAUUAAAACAAGUGUUCAGUGGAGGUUUUUUGCUUGCUACGUGAUGCUGUGAUCUAGGACACCUGGUCUAGUUGUUCUGACUAUCUUGGUAAUUCUGUGAUAAAAUACGUCUAUAUUUUUUCUCGCGGUUGUGUCAUGCAUUAAGCUUGUACAGAGUUGCUUGUUGGAACCGCCGCCAUGGCUCCAGAACGCUGCAAACUCUCCGGGAAGACAAGGAAGCCGGGGACUGUAUAAAUAUCUCAUUCUUCAGUGCAAAGAGAAUAUUAUUACGAGUGAGGACCAGAAACUUUAAGAUAGAUUUUAUGAGCAUAUCCCAAGGCUACUACAUGUAAAUAAUGCCAAAUAUCAGGUAACUUUUAAGGCUGCUAUUAAUAGGGACUCAAUCAUGAAGUUCUUCCUUUUGAGACUAACACUCCUACCCCCACUCUCUCUCUCUUAUAAGUUCCGUAUCACCUUCAGAGUUCAUUUUGUCAUGCUGAGUGGCAUUAUGAAUGGUACAUGACAUUGAUUCUUCCUGAGCUGGGAGGGAAAACUCUUCUCACACCUGGCAACACACACAUGACCCCCCCCACCCCAGCCCACCCACCCACCCACCCUUCCGGCAACAUACCUGGGCGGGUCGUUAUCUUAUUCACACGUACCUGGACAACACACAACACUGGCGGUCACCCGGGAAUCUCUUUCACACGUUAGCUAGCUGCGUAUACGACUACGAAGAGGGGACGUAAAGCCUCGGAGAAAGACGUCUGUAUAGUGUUGAGGAAAAGGAAGGUACUGCGGACUAAGGGUCAUAUUCUCAAACAUUUUAGGGCUUACACAUCCACCUUUGGAGAGGCUUUCUUAGAGGUUGUGGGUAUUUCCAUGGAUAGUUUUUGAGCCUAGUGGUAGUCUGAUAAAAACCUCUGCACCAUGUAUGCAAAAAACAACCCUGAAAACCAAACUUAUCUCCUUCGUGGCCUUUGAAAAUAGUUUUUGUGAGCCGAAAGCAUCUGAGAAUAUAGGCCUAAGACUUAUAAUUAGUUAAGAAUAGAGGAAGUAAUACGAACAUAAGAAUAGAGGAGGUAACACAAAAAUUCCAUGUAGGUGUUUAGCCCAGACUUAGCAACUUUAUGAUAGACUGUCGAGAAAGAAAGUAUAUUUAAAAUAUUCACUCAUAUACCUCAUAAAGAAUAGAGAAAGUAAAAUGAAGAUAAAAAUAGAGAAAGUAAUGCAAAAACUCUGUGUGUAUAUACCAGACUUAGCAACUUUCUGAUAGAUGGUAGAGAAUGAAAGUAAAGCUAAAAAUAUCAACAUAAUGUACCCAGGUUAGCUAAAGUCUUGCAUAAAAGUUGAAAGAUGUUAUUGAAGUUAUAGAAUCAGAAUGACAGGUUUAAGUGUUAGUCCAUACAAGGAAUCGUGAUGUAGGCUUAAAUCUGCCUUUGAUAUUAACGUGCCAUAGGGAACCGACAUUAGGGCAGACAAACCUAUUCCGAGACACCCAACGACGACUUGCUUCCCCGAGUCAGCAUUGCCAGAUUAUUGUACUCACCACAUUGUAUUCAUCCUUUUAAGCCUCAAACUCUCGUACCUACACAAAUGAUGAUAGAGAAUUUAAGUUGGCAUUAAAACUUAUUUAUUGAUGUUUCUUUGUGCUUUUUUGCUAUGGUUAUCGGUCCGAAACUACGAAAACACAUUGCGAUGGGUAUGAUAAUUUGCCAACGCUGCUCCGAGUAGACAUUAACUGACAGUAAGAAAGGUUGCCACACACACACACAUUCCCCGCUGGGCCAACCAAGAUUCCCACCCUGAUAUUAUUGCUACCUGCCGCCCGCUUCCACCUCUGUACUUUCGACAUAUGAAUUGCCUUAAGGAAGAGUUCUUUACAAAUGCCUUAGUGGGUAAUGGGGCAAUAUUUUACUUAAAGGCUCCUUAUUGACCUAAUUGUCUAGUCUUAUUUAUUUUGUUUGUCAUCCGUUCUGCUUGUUUUUCACACUGAACGACAUGCAAUACUAGUAGAGCACAGGAUAACCAGUCUUUAAACUAUCAAUGUGAUCACCUCUAUGUGUUAUGUUUCACCUGAGUGACACUCAUUAGGCGAUGUAACCUGUCAAGGGAAUGAAUGGUCUAUGUUUUUUGUGUGUGGGAGAUGUACACACACGCACACACACAGCAAUGACUCAAGCCACACCCACCUAUAUGUUUUGUGUUUCACCUGAGCUACACUCUAAGCGAUAACCUGUCAAGGGAAUGAAUGGGCGCUGUGCACUCCCUCACAGUCAUGACUCAAGCCACACCCCACCUGUUUGUUCUGUGUUUCACCUGAGUCAUUAACCUGUCAAAAGGGAAUAAUCUCUCUGUGUGAGGAUUCUGUCCACACUUCCAUAUCAAUGACUCGGCCACAUCCAAACAUCCACAGUACUCUAGGAACGUCAGUGUUAUUCCCUACAAUUGCAUCAAUUGUUUUACUUCAGUUCAUUUAGGCUGUUAGUGUUUAUUUGGAAUCCAUCUACAUUUCCACAGUAAUGUCUCAGCCACACCAACCAUGCACAGUACACAAGAAACUUAAGUGUUAUUCCCUACAGUUGUAUCAUUUGUUUUACUUUAGUUUGUCAAGGUUGUUAGUCAUCAAUGCGAAUAGUUUGUUUUUCUGUGAGGACUGUCCGCAAACAUCAAUGACUCAGCCACAUCGAAACAUCCACAGUACUCGAGGAGCAUCAGUGUUAUUCCUUAUAGCUGCAUUAUUUGUUGCACUUAUUGUUCAAUUAGGUUGUUAGUGUUUAUUUGGAAUCUGUCUACAUUUCCAGAGCAAUGUCUCAGCUGCACCAACCAUGCACGGUACUCAAGGGACAUCAGUGGUAUUCCCUACAGUUGCAUUAUUUGUUUUACUUUAGUUCGUUGAGGUUUUUAGUCGAUAACCUGUGAAAAAGGAAUAGUCUUUGUUUUUAUGUGGAAUCUGUCUACAGCAAUGAUUCAGCCACAACCAACCACGCACAGUACUCAAGGAACGUCGGUGGUAUUCCCUACAGUUGCAUUAUUUGUUUUACUUUAGUUUGUUGAGGUUUUUAGUCGAUAACCUGCGAAAAAGGAAUAGUCUUUGUUUUUAUGUGGAAUCUGUCUACAGCAAUGUUUCAGCCACAAUCAACCACGCACAGUACUCAAAGAACGUCAGUGUUAUUUCCUACACCUGCAUUAUUUGUUACACUUUUGUUUGUUGAGGUUAUAUUGUACUGUUGCUAAAUCCCUUGUGGCUACGACUUCUCGGCAAAUGGGAAACUCGAUGAUAGGGACGCGGUCUUUAGUUCCGUUGAAAGCAGGAGUGACUGUUAUGCAUCCUCAUUUUAUCCAUAAGGUUCUGUAUUUGUUACAUUCCUUUAGUUCAUUGUACUGUUGGUAAAUCAAACACUUGUGGCCACGACUUCUCGGGAAAUGUGAAACUCGAUGAUAGGGAUGUGAUCUUUAGUUCCCUUGAAAGCAGGAGUGACUGUUUUGCAUCCUCAUUUUACCCAUAAGGUUCCAUUAUUUGUUACACUCCUUUAGUGGCUGAGGUUUUAUUGUACUGUUAGUGAAUCAAACUUGUGGCAAUGACUCCUUACCAACAACACAGAUACUAAACUCAGUGGUAGAGAUGCGAUAUAUUUGUUACGUCUUUAGUUCAUUGAGGUUUUGCUGUACUGUUAAAAAUUCCAACACUUGUGGCUAUGAUUUUUCAAUAACAACAACAACACUGACGGAAAACAAUGGUAGGGAUGUAGUAUAUUGUUACAUCUAGUUCAUUGAGGUUUUGCUGUACUGUUAAAAAUUCCAACACUUGUGGCUAUGACUUUUCGAUAACAACACCGACAGAAAACAAUGGUAGGGAUGCGAUAUAUUGUUACAUCUAGUUCAUUGAGGUUUUGCUGUACUGUUAAAAAUUCCAACACUUGUGGCUAUGAUUUUUCGAUAACAACAACAACACUGACGGAAAACAAUGGUAGGGAUGUGAUCUAUUGUUACAUCUAGUUCGUUGAGGUUUUAUUGUACUGUCGGUAAAUCAAACAAUUGUGGCUAUGACUUCUUAACAACAACACAAGAGAUACUAAACUCAAUGACAGGAAUGUGAUGUAUUUGUUGCACGCCUUUUUAGUUUGCUGAGGUUGUAUUUUACUGUUAACGGAUCAAACUUUUGUGGCGACCUCUUAUCAACAACAACACGAUGACAGGAAACUCAACAAUAGAGGUGUGAUGUAUUUGUUGCACUCCUUUUUAGUUUGUUGAGGUUGUAUUUUACUGUUAAUGAAUCAAACUUUUGUGGCGACCUCUCAACAACAACAACACGAUGACAGGAAACUCAACAAUAGAGAUGUGAUGUAUUUGUUGCACUCCUUUAUUUCGUUGAGGUUUUAUCGUCAUGUUAAAGAAUCAAACUUGUGGCGACCUUUUUAACAACAGCACAAGACAGGAAACUCAACAAUAGAGAUAUGAUGUAUUUGUUGCCCUCCUUUAUUUCGUUGAGGUUUUAUCGUCAUGUUAAAGAAUCAAACUUGUGGCGACCUCUCAACAACAACAGCACAAGACAGGCAACUCUAUGGUAGGGACGUGAUGUGUUUUGUUCCCUUGCGAGCAGGAGUGGCGGUGUGCUGCGUCCUCUGAGCUGACUCCUCAUUACCUAAGACUGGCCGUGUGUUCUUUACUGGCUGGAUGAUCUUCCAAGUGUAUUUUUUGUCAUCAAUAAAGUAUUCUCACCAAAGAACCAGGUUUUGUG